AUGAAAUUCAUGGUCCCGGCGGCCAGUCUAGUGAACAUCAAGUUCUCAGAUAGAAGCUUGCUCAUCAGUCACUCUGGCCCCGCAACAAGAUCUUACAAAGAGAACAUCAGCAAAAGACCUGAGAGUUCUGACACUCUAGAUGCCCUUAUAAGUAUAAAUGAAGACCUGACUUAUAAAGGCUUCUGCACACAACUCUGGACAUUGAAUGACUGUCUUACCAAGCUCAAGAGUAUACAGAACAGUGACAGAAGAUAUUACAUCUCAGUCACUCAUACAUCUGCACUGAAGAAUAACAACAAUGAUGCAGAUGUCAUGAACUGA